CUCUCUCUCUCUCUCUAUGGGGGAGUAAAAAGGCAUAUUACUCCACAACCUGGAGUGUGUCAGAGAGUGAGAGAAAAAGAGGUCUUACUGAGCCCACAGAAAAUAACAUUAGGCUGUUUGUAAGUUUGUAAGUGCUGAGAGAAGAGACACAGGACUAAAGUAGCUUUUCGAUCUCAGGACGUCAUUGAAAGACCUGUUUAUCGGAGAGUGGAUAUAACCAGAUUUGGGUUUUUUUUACCAUCUGAAAUGGAGGGAGAGAUAAAAGAAGGGAGGAAGAUCCAGUUUUCCGUUCCCUCCGCAGGUCCGAUUCAGCUCGACCCAAGACAAGUGGAGAUGCAUAUUAUUGUUGCAAUGAUUCGGCGCCGAAGACCAACACCAGCCACAUUGUUCCGCAUGACAGAUCAUCCAUCUCCAGAUGAAGAGCACCCCAGCAUGCUGCUGUUUGCUUGUGAAAAUGGUGUUUCAAAAGCCAACAAUGCGGACACAAAUGUUUAUCAGCCACCUUCACUUCAAGCUGUCCAAAAGAUGGCACAAGCUCACAUCAAAACUUCAGAAACUCCUUCUUUAGAAUCAUCAGACAGUGAAGAGGUUUCCUUGGAUGCUCCUGGAGAUCCACCAAAUGAAAUCAAAUUGGAAUGUCCAUCAUGCUCUGGAGGAUCGGCCAAAGAGGAGAAAGGAAAAGUGGAUGCAGAGAACUUAAGAGCAGAAAGCAUGAAAAAUGGGGAGAGUGGGGGAAAAGGGGACGAAUGAGGUAGAAAUCAGACACGAAGCUUUCAUAGAAUUAUAUGAGGAUUUUAUGAGAAGAAACAUAUUUUUAUAAGAUGAGGCUAAAAUGAUCUUAGACAGAGCGAGAGGGAGAGAUUAAGAGAAAAAGAUCCUUUUGAAGGUCAGUAUAUGAGGAAGUGAUGAAAGAGAAGUUAAUAUGGUGUCAAUAAAGGAUCAAGGUUAUUGUAAAAUAUGCACAUGUUAAUAAAAUGUAUAUUAAUGCCUUGAUUUAUUUCCUUUUGUACAUCAGGUUCAAAAGUGAAGAGGUACUUUAAUUUUAUUAGGAAUAUAACAGAUUAUUACACACAAAAAAAACUGUGUAUUAUGAGAUUAUUUCAUUCGAAUGUUAUUUUACACAUCGAUGCCUGAGGUCUUUAUCCAUAAACCACUUAUGUUAUGACAUUAAUAAAGUCCUUAAUAAGUAACUUGA